AUGUGGCGAGCAGCGUAUCUUGCGGCAGGCCUGGCGAGCCGGGCGUCACGACAGGUCCCGGCGACUCGGGCAACGCAUGACGACGCUCUGCCGCCUCUCAAGUUCGACGACGAGGGCGUUUUCAGAAUCUCCGUCUUCUCCGACCUGCAUUUUGGUCAGGGCGAGUCCGGCACCGGGCCGGACCAAGACCGCAACACGAUCCGGGCCAUGGAGGAUGUCCUGGACUUGGAUGGCCCCCAGCUUGUCGUCCUGAACGGGGACUUGAUCGACGGCGAGAGCGCCCGCAGUCGCAACGGCACGCACUACGUUGAUCAACUCGUCGGCCCCAUGGUGCGGCGAAACCUCACGUGGGCGUCGACGUACGGGAAUCACGACCACAGCCACGACGCGGACAGCGACGACAUUUGGAAGCAGGAAAAGCGGUGGCCGGGCGCGCGGACGCAGAGGAUGGUCACGGCCCAGGGUGCAGGAAUCACAAACUACUACCUCGUCGUGAACCCGCCGACGUGUGCUGGAGACGGAGACGGAGGCGGAGGCGGCUGCGUCCCCGAGCUCGUUCUCUGGUUCUUCGACAGCCGCGGCGGCUUUCACUUCCAAGGGGCCGCGCAGGGGAACUGGGUGCACGCGAGCGUCGUCGCCUGGGCCAACGAGACCAACGCAUCGUUGGCGAGACGGUACAAGAGGGCCAUCCCGUCGCUGGCCUUUGUCCACAUCCCCGUCCACGCCACCGAGGGUGCCGCGCCCGAGCCUCACCACCAGCCGGGCAUCAACGACGAGCUUCCCGUUGCCCAGCAAGGCGAGGGCUGGUGCGGCAACGACACGCCGGACGAGGAGGGGUGCGACUACGGCGGACAAGACGUGCCCUUCAUGCGAGCCCUGGUCGGCAUGCCGGGCCUGAUGGGGCUCUUCUACGGCCACGACCACGGCAAGUCCUGGUGCUACAGGUGGGAUUCCCUCUUGCCGGGCAUGGACGUCGCCGGCAGCGGCCUCAACCUGUGCUACGGCCAGCAUUCUGGGUACGGAGGCUACGGCGACUGGAUCCGGGGCGCCCGGCAGAUCGUCGUGACGCGGGACAAGCUGGCAGACUUGACCGUCGACACGUACAUCCGCCUCGAGUCCGGAGCCGUGGUCGGUGCCGUCUCGCUGAACUCGACCUUUAACCACGACUACUAUCCCGCCACGCCGGACCAGCGUACGUACGUGGAUCAGACUGUCAACGGCAAGGUGCGAGUCUAUCCCUCUGCGUCGUCGAGACUGAGACCUGGCCGUGAGCUGGGGUAUUGCAAAUACGCCGUUGCCGCUUGCGUCGGGCUAUGGGCCGUUUUGAGUCGCGUACUCUGA